GAUUUGUAGAUAUUUUAAAAAUAACCCUUAUUUCCUUAGAAAAAGAACUCUUUAGAGCUAUAUCAUUUAAAAUAAGAAAGAAAUCUUGUAUAAUAAAAAUAAUCAAUCUCCAUCAUAUAUAACACUUUUUUGGGGGUUAAAAUUUUAAAGUUAUAUAUUUCCCGUUUCAGAUGAUAUGUACUUUUCAUAAACCAAAGGUAUAUAUAUAGAUCUAAGUCAAUUCUUAUAUAGCUCUAAUUUAUCAUCUUUCAUCUCCACCACCGCUUGUUUCUACGAUGUCUGCCGACUUGAGCAUGACCUCCGAAGUUGAACAACCACCGCAGAGUGACAAGAAGAGUUUGAGUUCUCAGCCAUUAGUGUCCUUAUUAUCACUCCCAGACGAACUCGUAGAGCAGAUACUUGCUCGUGUCCCAAGAUGGGAUUACCCUAAUCUCUCUCUCGUAUGCAAGAGGUUCCACACUCUCAUCUCUUCUCCCCAACUCUACACGACACGUUUCAACCUUGGAACCACCGAACCAUGUCUUUAUUUUUACGUACGAUCGUGUUGUAAGGAUACAUCUCUCCAAUGGUUCACUCUUUCGUUGAAACCUCAAGAAACAUGUGAUGGUGAGAUUUUGAAUGACUAUUCCUUGAUUCCUAUACCUUGCUAUCCCCAUCCUUUACGUUUAUCAUUAAAAUCAACCGUAGCAGUUGGUUCCGAUAUCUACGUAAUUGGUGGAUUGGGUGAGCUAACUUCCUCAAUUCGGAUCUUUAAUUGUCGAAGUAACACAUGGCGUGACGGGCCUAACAUGACGGCAGCUCGAAAAUAUCCAUGCGCGGUUCUCAUCGACAAGAAAAUAUACGUGAUGGGAGGUUGCGAUGUUGACAAUUGGUUUGAGGUAUUGGACAUAAAGACUCAGACUUGGAGGGCCUUGCCGAGUCCUGGUGCGGGUUAUGAGCUAUGCAAUAUAAAUAUUAAUGUUAACCCUGAUGCUUUUGAAGGAAAGCUUUACGUAGCGUCAUAUGAAAAUGACUACACUUAUGAGCCCAAAGAUGGUAUAUGGAAAGUUGUAAGAGAGGAAUCAAGUUGGAUAGAGUUGUUAUAUUCGUGUGUGAUAGAUAAUGUAAUGUACAGUUAUCGUUUUCCAGAGCAUAUUAAGUGGUAUGACUCUGAGGGUAGAGUGUGGAGAGAGAUCAAGGGUUUGGAAAGACUUUGUUCAGGUACAAAACAAAUCCACAACAGUGGUGGGAAACUUGUAGCUAUGUGGACGCAGGUUCCUGGGAAAGAUAGUGAAAACAGGAAAUCUUAUGUUUGGUGCGCUAAAAUUGCGUUAGAGAAGUGCCAUGAAAAUGAGAUUUGGGGUAAAACGGAGUGGCUUAAUAUUGUGCUUGAGAUCCCCGAGUCAUAUAUAUUCUCUAAAUGUGUAGCCGUUUCGGUUUGAUGAUCGGUACAAGAUGGUAUAAAACAACUUUGUGAAAUCAUUUAGUCGUUCUUUACAGUUGAUAGAAUUUGAUGAUCUAUAAUGCUAU